AUGCAGAGAAUUUCUAAAAUACGUCGUCCUGAAAUUAUCGCAAACUUUAUAUAUAAAGUUGUAGAACUUGCUACCUAUACUUCUGCUUUUGCAACUGAUGCUAUAAAUAUAUUAACCGGAAAUACAUUAAAUACUGGUCAUUCAACGAGACAAAAUUAUGGUUACAAUGAUAUCGAUUAUAAUGAUGAAAAUGUUUAUGAUCAUAAGAAAAAAGAUGUUUCUACUUGGGGUGAAAAUCCAUCAUCAACAACAACUACAUUUGCAACUACCAAUACAACCCCAACUGAAAGUAGUCAAACUUCACCCUCACAACAAAAUUAUCCAACUACCAAGACUGAAACUAAACCUUCACUUAUAAUUUCUACAUCACCUUCACAACAAGAUUAUCCAACUACUCAAACUUCUCAAAAAAUUGUUUCAACACCAACACAUUUACCAACAAAUUCAACUUCACGACGAAGGCAAUUCCAUGUUCGUCAUGGCCCCGAAGCUGAAGCUGCUUUAAAUAGUAAGGUUGAAGUUACAGUUGAAAUGAUACUUGUCGAGGAAAAAGAACGCGAAGAACAAAUUAUGAAAGAAUUUGGAAUUCAAACUCCAAUUAGUAGGCGAGCUCGAGAUGCCUUAGGACCAAACGCUCAUAACAAACCAGGAAAUAUACCGUGGCGAGGUCUUCAAGAAAAUUAUCACAAAUAUUCUUCGAGGAAAUUUUUCCAUGAUUUGCGCAGCCAACAAAAUAAGAUAGAAAUGCUAGAACGAAUAAUAUCGGUUAAAGAUGAUGAAAUUAAAAAAUACAAAGAAAUGAUUAUAAAUUUGAAAAUCGUAAAAGGGAGUUAG